AUGAGUCGUACAUUUAAUAGUCGUAAGAAAAUGGAAGGUAGGCAAAGGAAAUUGGAAGCGGAGGCUGAAAAGCAGAGGAAAGAAGAGGAGUUGAAGGAAAAGGAACUUGAGAAGUAUUGGGCGAUUGGCGCAAAGAUUCCUGGAAGAAAAGAGCGAGAGGAAGAAAAAAGAAUAAUGCAGGAAAAGCGGAAACGCGAACUUAAGGAACUUUACGAGAAGGAAAUGAAUGCCUGA